GCUAAUAAUAUAAUUUAGGCCAUGCAGUCGAAAUUCCACGAGAACGGAGUUAUAACGGGGAUCGCGGAUUCAUUCUGCCUUUCCUGUCACACAUACCUCAAGUUAAAGGAUGUUCAAGGACAUAUCACUGACUCUGCUCAUCAGAAGACUUUUGAAACUACAAGCUAUGUAGAAAGGUAUCAAGAAGACCGCAUCAGAAAGGUAAAAAUGGGAUAUUUUUGUGAAAUUUGCAACUUGAUAAUACAAACUUUAGCAAAAACUAGUAUACAUGUUAAUGAGGUUGCUCAUGUUAAAAAUAAAAAGACCCAACAAUUAAAAGACACUGAUGAAGGUGUUGUUGCAUUUGAUGAUAUAUUGAUCAAGCAGAAGGCCUGGCAAGGCCUAGUUAAUGGAUCCUGUUUAAUAUGUAAUGUAGAUUAUUCAGAUGAAGAAGACCAUAAGAAAGAUCCUUCACAUGUAUUAAAACUUAUUCAGAGUAAAUUUGAAUUAAAUAAAAAUAACUUUGUUUAUCGUAAGGUUGAUGAGGAUACCUACAAUUGCUUGACUUGCAAUACAAUAAUUACUGGAGAAUCUAAGGAUGAACAUGUAAAUGAAUCUGUACACAUAAAUAAUUACUUGAAAUGUCAAAAUGAUAAAAAAUUGGUAAAUGUAAUUGAUCCUGAAGUCAUUCCAGAAAAGACCAACUCUGAAAAUAAGAUUAUUUCAUGUAUUAAUGAUACAGAAAACAAACUAAGAGCUGAUGAUAAUGACGAAUUAUUAAGUCCAUCUGAAGCUUUAAAAAGAGCAAUAGAAUUUGCUAAACAGAACAAACUAAAGUAUAAACGAAAUGGCACCUUUUGCAAAGUGUGUAAUAUAAAAAUCUCUUCAUCAUUGAGAAUGAUGAAAGAGCAUGUGGCAGAAUCAUCACAUAAAGAAAAGGUUGUAAAUGAAACAAGUAUUACAUUAAAAAAAGUACCAAUGGAUACCUUUAUAAAGUUUUCGUGUACAGCGAGCAACAUUUUAUUCAGUGAUGUGAUUAUUAAUGAUGAAAUUUGUGUGUGCAAAUUAAGUUUUCAUAUCAUAACGAAACAUUUACAAAAAUUUAAAUGUCAGGCAUGUGAAGUUACACUUAAUUCGAAUACAGUUGAGCAACACAUACAUUCUUCAAGCCAUAUAACUGCACUAGAAGCAACAGCUGUCCUUAUAGAUUUUGAUAAAGAAUUUGUGAGAGAGGUGAGACCUGCAGUAUAUCAUUGUGGAUACUGCAAUUUCAUUAAAAAUAGUUUGGAGGGAUUAAAAAAUCAUUUGAAAUCUAUCAAUCACUAUGAAACAAAAUCAACAGUCCAAAGACGAAUAUAUAUUUAUUUGCCUCAAAUAAAGGUCUAAACAAAUCUUUUGGACUUAAUUAGAUUUAGGACUUUAUAGAGUUCUACA